AAUUCUAUGUUUACAGAGAUUUUUAACAUUUAACGGUUAAACUCAAUUAAAUUAAAAGUACAUUAUUAUUAUUACAUGAAUUUUGGAUGAAAUAAUUUUUUCUUUUUGUAAUGUAACUAGUAAAUUUGUUAUAUUUUUCGUUCCGACAACAUAAACGCUUACGAAGAGAAUAUAUGUAUUAUGGCUAAUAUAUUUAAUUUGUUUGAAGAUUCAACUAAACUUCUGAAAACUCCAACGGUUUUUGGAUCUAAUGGCUUAAGUAACAAGUCUGCGCAGAGAGUAAAAAAUAUUGGAGCACCAGGAGCUACUCCUGCUAAAAUUUUUGGACAAAAGUCUAAGGGUCUCAGUAUCCGAUCUUCAUCUGAAUUAAAUAUCCAUUCACCAUCUCCUCGAUUGACUGGAACAAAAAAAAAUACCGUACAAUCUGAAAAAUUUUUCUUAAAACCGUUGGAACCUCGUGGCAAAUCUAAUUCUCCAAAUAGACAAAAGUCUCCGGUAAAAUUAUCUCCUCAGAGACAAUUAAAAGCUUUAAGUCCAAAAUUUGUGGUGUCUACGAACCAGAAAACACAAGCUUCGGAAACACCGCAGGAAUUUGUUUUUAAAAAGCCACAUACUCCUCGUAUGACUAAAAAAUCAAAUAUGGACUAUCCAGAACCAGAAGUUUUGGCCCCAAUUGGCGAUAUAGAAUUUGAUUUAUUUGAGGAGACGUAUAUGAAUCUUCUAAGAACAACCAAGGGACCAUUUUCUUGUUCUGAUGAAGAUGAAGGAUUUCUCUCCGAUUGUGAACCCAUACCAUUUGUACAAGAAGAAGUUCAAUCACGUGAAUCUCUUUCAGAGAACAUGGAAGUUCCAUUACCUGAUUUGGAUGAAUUUUCUGAUUUAGACAGUUCUGAAGAGUAGAUACUAUUUUAAAUAGUAACUUUUUUACAUACUUGUGAUACAAUGUUCAUAAAACACCUCAAGAUUAACAUUAAGGAUUACGAAUAAGUUUUGAAUUUAUAUUUUAGAGAGUAUCAAAAUUCAAUGAAUUAUUCCUUUUAAUUGAGGCAAAUUGAAUUUUGAAUUUAAAGUCUCUCUUUUUAAAAAGAAAUUGCGUUUAGUUUGUGAGCAUAAGACUUAAUUGACCCUUUUACUCAAACUUAUGAGUUAUCGUUCUAUCAAUCAGCAAUAACGCUUUUUUUAUUUUAUUUUAUUUUAUUUUAUUACACAAUUUUUUUUUAUAAGUUUUAGAAUUUUGAAAAAAUACUCUUUAUGUUGAUUAGAAAACGAUAAAAAUACAUAAUAAACAAAAUAUAGAAGGGUUAAUGUACUUCCGUCAUAAAAAAUCAUUGAAAUGAAACAUUCGGCAAAUCUCAAAGAGACAUGAGUUUUAUAUAAGUGGAAAAUUAUUUUGUUUUACGUGUCUUCGAAUGUCGCUUACUUUAUAUCUAUUUUAUGUAUUUAUAAUAACUUUAGUUUUGUAAUAAAUUGUGUUUUUUUGUA